GAUCAAGAGGGAAAUCCGAAAGCUGGAAGUAAAAGAAUUGAGUCGAAACUGGGCUGAUCAAAACAAUUUUGCACACUCCAACGCAGUGGUUGGUGGUAAUUCACCUCAACGCCGGUUGCCACACCCCAUAGAAAAACGAAGAAGAAAACGAAGAAGACCACGACCGGAAGUAGCGCAGAAGAAGAGCGAGAGAGAACCCUUAGUAAAGAUGGCGGAGAAAAGCAGCACGGACCGUACGGAGGAUGACAACAUGGAUAAAAACGUUGCUCCCGGAGCUUCUAUGAUGAUGGUCACCGUUAAAACCCCCAAUGGAAAAGAAGAAAUCUCGAUUUUAGAGGGUUCCUCUGUCUCCCAGUUCAAACAGGAGGUGUCUAAAAAGUUUGAAGCCCAGCAGGACCAGCUGGUGUUGAUAUUCGCCGGAAAGAUUCUGAAGGACGGCGACACGUUAAACCAGCACGGAAUCAAAGACGGCCUGACCGUUCACCUCGUCAUCAAGUCUUCCCCAAAAUCGACAGGUGACUCUACGUCUCAGACCAGCUCCCGCUCUGCAACGCCUCAGACGAACAGCAGCAGCAGCGCAGCAGACGGAGCUGGAGACGCCACGACUCCAACACAACCGGCCAACGCGAUGGGUGGGCUCGGUGACUUGUUCGGUCAGGGCGUGCGGUCCUCCAGCUUCAUGGAGAUGCAGCAGCAGGUGCGCAGUCAGCUGAUGUCCAACACACAGAUGCUGUCGCAGAUCGCCGGCAACCCGAUGGUGCAGAACAUGAUGUCCAACCCGGACCUGAUGAGGCAGAUGCUGGCAGGCAACCCUCAGAUGCAGCAGCUGGUGGAGCAGACCCCGGACCUCUCCAGCAUGUUCAACAACCCCGAGGUCCUGAGGCAGAUGCAGAGUCCAGAAACACUUUCCAUGAUGACCAACCCCCGAGCCAUGCAGGCCCUCAUGCAGAUCCAACAGGGCCUGCAGACCUUGCAGACCGAGGCCCCUGGGUUCAUGUCCAGAAUUUCUCCCGGAGGUCUUGCCGUUCCUCCGGCCACAGGGGGCAGCAUCCCCCCAGAGAUCCCUCCGCCUCCUGCCAUGGCAACCGGAUCCAGCCCCUCCUCAGCCGCCAGUCCCCCCGACCAGCAGCUCCUCCAGCAGAUGCUACAGAUGUUCGCAGGCGGAAGGCCACAAUCGCAGUCCGGGACCCCCGAGGUUCGUUUCCAGCAGCAGCUGGACCAGCUCAACACCAUGGGCUUCAUCGACCACCAAGCCAACCUGCAGGCGCUCAUCGCCACGGGGGGGGACGUCAACGCCGCCAUCGAGAGGCUCCUGGCCUGACUCCCUCGGGGCGGGCGGCGGACUGGUAAACGGGAGAUUUUUAGUUACCGCGUGAACGCAAGUCAGACCCGACACGCAGAUAUCACUCAGCACCGAGCUGACCUGUGAACCAGAGGAAGUGUAGACGCGGAGGCUGCCGCCGGGCGUCGAAGGUUUCUAACUCGCGCCACGACGAAGCUCCUCCCGCCGGUGCAGCCGGAGGCGGCUUCUGACGAGUGCUCGUUCACUGGAGGUUAGCGAGGAAUUAACUUUUAAUUGUUACUUAGUCACAUUAUUUAAUUUUAACAGAUUGUAUUCAGGUCCUUGCGGUUUGGUUGUGGUGGCGGCGGGUCGGACGACGGUCUUCUGUGCCUGGUUUGUUUCUGUCCCUGGUAUUUAUCUAAGUUAUCUAGUCCACGUUUUUGUUUUGUUUUCGUUUCCCUGACAGGUGCUUGGCAUUGAUGCCUAAAUGUGUUAGGAUUGGAUUUGGUUUCCAGGACCAAGUGUGUGUAAUGUGUGUGUGGGGGGGGGGGGGGGGGGGGGAGUGGCCAAUGGAAAAACUGUCAGAUUUUCCUCGGGUACAUUUGUCAGGUUUUUUUCAUUUGCAGAAUUUGCCCAAAUGGUAAUUUCCAUCUUUUUAAUGUAUAAACUGUUCUACAAGCCCCAGAACCACAGUAUCGCCUUAAAAUAACAUAAACCGCACAUCGUCCAUCUUUCAGUAAAGACCACGGCAUUUACUUUCCACGCCGACGGGUUGGGCUCCGGAGGAGUUCCUGUCUACUAAAUGCAUUUCCACUUCCAAACAUCCAUUUAGAUAUUAUUAUUUGUUGGUAAAUUAUUAAAACGUUGUCUCUAAGAAGUAUCAAUGCCCUCACGAUGCUGUGAUUUUAAAUUGUGAUUAUCGGUUGCUCCAAUAUAAAUUGUUCUACGCCAUUGUUGCCGUGAUGAGUUCUGCAAUAUAUUGCAAAAAUACUCUGAUCUCUAUUGUUGCAUGUCUCCUAUAUGGAUAAAGUAGCCAACGUUUUAUUUUUGUUUCAAUCCAAUAAAUGACAUUCAAUUUG